AGGGAUCAGAAGAAGCCAAAGCAUUUGUAAAUGCCUUCCUGAAGCGCAGUAUGCCAAAAAUGAAAGAUGAAGCUAUCCAGGAUAUGUUAACUCGGAAAGCUGUCGUUCUUGAGCAUUAUUCCAAAAAAAAGACAAAGCAAAAGAGGAAGAAAACAAAAGGCUUUACUGCCAAGCAGAGGCGAGAAAUGCGUCUUUUUGAAAUUGAACCUGAACAGCAAAGAUAUGCCAUCUUUCUACCACUACAUGAACUCUGGAAACAGUAUAUCAGAGACCUGUGUCAUGGACUUAAACCAGAUACGCAACCACAGAUGGUUCAGGGCAAGCUGCUGAAAGCUGAUCUCCAUGGAGCUAUUGUUACAGUCACAAAAUCAAAGUGCCCCUCUUACGUUGGGAUAACAGGAAUCAUUCUACAGGAAUUUAAACAUGUCUUCAAAAUUAUCACAAAGGAGGACAAAUUAAAAGUUGUUCCAAAACUUAACAACGUGUUUAGCUUGGAGAUCGAUGGGUUCGUUUCCUACAUCUAUGGGAGCAAGUUCCAGCUUAGAGCAAGUGAGAGAUCUGCAAAAAAAUUCAAGUUGAAAGGAACUAUUGACCUAUGAUUUCAUGGCAGUUCAGAAGUAUUACUAGAAAUGUGUGCUGUUUUCCUGCAGACCAGGUUUUCUGGCAGACUGGAAAUGGAUUAGCUAUGUGAAAUAUUUCUUAAGUGUUUCUUCUUACUGAAGAAUGACUAGUAGCUGUUGUUUUUAAAGCAGUCUCA